AUGGAGCUUUCGCGGCAGUACGACUGCAGCGAUAUUGAUCCGGCGUUUGGUGGGAUGCUUCUGUCCCGCAAAAGAAUACUGCCUGCUCACGACGGAACUCCUUCUCAAUUACGCGUCUGUGAUGAGUGUAAUGACCAACAUUUUUACUCAAAUAUACAAAUGGCAGAAAACGGAGAGAAUGCCGACUCGCAGAUAGCCGACGCUGUCCUUGACUUUGAGAAGGUGGUUCCAACUAGUGACGUUACGUCAGUGGAUGAAGAUCAAGCUCGGGUGGGUGCUGAAAAUGAUUUGGAAGUAGCGACUGGGCCGGAUGAUGAAUGCGAGAUGAUAGAAAGGAGUGUGGUUUUUGUCAAUGAAGUCGCUGACCCAAACAAAAUGCACCCUGUUACAGAGCUACCUGCACACAGUGAAUCAUCGCAACGACGCUUUCUUGUCCGGAAUUCGUCGCAGUUUACGGUAGAUAGCGAUGGAAGUAUCUAUGCGAAGAUGUUUCCGCACCUAUUCCCUUAUGGGCGGGGGCAUCCUGGAGAACAAAGACCAGUUCCUGUGUCGGUUGACGCAUGCAUUAAAUGCUACAGCAUGCACAGCUCUAGACGUUUUGCUGAUGACGAAACGCUCUUGCUCGUUGCGUUUGAUAGGCUGUCAACACAGAGAAUGUUCAUGCAAAUUUCGCUGACAUGUAAGCGUCAUCCGGACUUGUUUCGGGGUUAUGAUACAAUUACGCACGAGCAGCUUUCCGUAGCCCUUCAUCAAAACGAGUUGCGCCAGCAGGGAAGACUUGCAGUUGAUUUGGAGGGGCAAUCACCGGCUGAGCAAUUUCUCCGAAGCGUAGAAAUUGGGACGGGCAAUCUUUGGGGAAGUAACAUGGAGCGACAACGCUGUCGACGAGAGGCGUUUUCGUACCAGACAAUGUAUGGACAGCCAGCGCUAUUUGUGGCGUUGACACCCAACGUUGGAAAUACAUUUGCGAUGGCUCAAUACAUCGAUGCGUUCAUUGAAGAUGCCCUUGCUGUCGACAAAAAGACUGAGAAAUGUGAAAAGUACCCGGGGUUGUUUGGUCCAGUUAAGGCUUACUAUGGGAUGGUUGAAACUCAAGGUGGGGGAACCUUACACGCUCAUUUUAUUAUCUGGUUGCAAAAGGGUCCUUGCAAUAGUGACGAAUUUGACAGUUUGAUGACAAACGAGGCGAGUCGAGCCUCGUUGAUACACUCGAUUGAGGCGUACUCUUCCAGUAUCGUUAGCAAUACGUUGCCGCUUCCCGUUGAAGCGCAUUGUUGUCGAGCGUGUGGGUCUACCUUCGACAACUUGGAGACAACUCCUAUACCAUCGACCGCUUUCAUGGAUCCAAAAAAGGUGGGGAUCCGCAAGCUCCGUUACGCGUAA